UUCUCAGUAGCUGUGGUCGGACCAUGACCUAGCUGACCAUGAACUUGGAAGGGCUUGAAAUGAUAGCAGUUCUGAUCGUCAUUGUGCUUUUUGUUAAAUUAUUGGAACAGUUUGGGCUGAUUGAAGCAGGUUUAGAAGACAGCGUGGAAGAUGAACUGGAGAUGGCCACCGUCAGGCAUCGGCCUGAGGCUCUCGAGCUUCUGGAAGCCCAGAGCAAAUUUACCAAGAAGGAGCUCCAGAUUCUUUACAGAGGAUUUAAGAAUGAAUGCCCCAGCGGGGUUGUUAACGAAGACACCUUCAAAGAGAUUUACUCGCAGUUCUUUCCACAGGGAGACUCUACCACAUACGCACAUUUUCUGUUCAAUGCAUUUGAUACGGACCACAAUGGAGCUGUAAGUUUUGAGGAUUUCAUCAAGGGUCUUUCCAUUUUGCUCCGGGGGACAGUACAAGAAAAACUCAACUGGGCAUUUAAUUUGUAUGACAUAAAUAAAGAUGGCUACAUCACUAAAGAAGAAAUGCUUGAUAUAAUGAAAGCGAUAUACGAUAUGAUGGGUAAAUGCACAUAUCCUGUCCUCAAAGAAGAUGCUCCCAGACAACACGUUGAAACAUUUUUCCAGAAAAUGGACAAAAAUAAAGAUGGAGUCGUUACCAUAGAUGAAUUCAUUGAAAGUUGCCAAAAAGAUGAAAACAUCAUGCGCUCCAUGCAGCUCUUCGAAAAUGUGAUCUAACUUGUCGAAUACGUCCUCAAUCAGACAAAUGUGAACGAUUCUAUCACACAA